UCAUCUGCUUUAUUGACCAAAGUGAUCUUUUAGUAUCCUUAUUUCAGAGAUCUACGAGAAUCAUUCGGAAAAGUAGGAGCCAAAUAUUUUUCUGCCUGAGUGGAUCUUCUUGUUUUACGUCCCAAUUUGCAUGCUUAUACUAUGCAUUAAAAGUGUGUGCUUCUUUGGUGAUGGGAAAGUAGGCUACAUCCCUCUGGGUGUGUGGAAGAUAGUGCACCAGUGCUUUGAUAUACUACCAGGUCAUAAAAUUGCAUCUAGAUAGCGCAGAACUCCUUGUAACAUUCUGUUUAUCGUUGAAUGUUAGCUUUAGCAUUUAGCGAAUUUCCAUCCAAUAAAAUGUCAUUACCUUGAAAUUCAUUAUGUUAAUAUUAAUUUUAUAAACUUGUGCAUCAACCAUAGCUUUACAUUAAGGUAAAUAUUUAAAUAAAUAAAUAAAUGCAAGGAUAGAAGAUUCACCAAGAAAAAUAUAUAUAAUCCAUAGUUUUUAAUGUACAGUUCACAAUGCUGUUGUGGUGUGCAACAUUUUUAUGGGUUAUAAGCACAGCUGACCCAGAAAGAAUCGCCCUCAUGAAAAUGAACCAUGGUUUUACGACAAAUAAAACCAAAAACAUAGUUAAUAUAGUUAAACCAUGGUGACCACAAAUGAUUUGGUAUGUGUAGUAAAUCUGUGGUUAUGCAUGGCAAUCAAUUCACCAAAAAAAAACAAAAAAAAAACAAAACCAAAACAUUGUUACAAUAGUUAGGUAAUAAAGACUAAUGGCUAAUAAAACCAUGGUUGAUGUGAUUAUGUGUGUGUGUGUGUGUGUGUGUGUGUGUGUGUGUGUGUGUGUGUGUGUGUGUGUGUGUGUGUGAUUAAUUAUAAAUCCCUUUUUGUUCAAUCCUAGUGUUAUUUUUGUUUAUUAUUAGUAGUAGUAGUAGUAGUAGUAGUAGUAGUAGUAGUUAUAUUUUGCUUAUCCAACAGUUUAGCAACAGUCAGAAAAUAGCUCUCUCCAAAGAAAGAAAGAAAAAAAAGAGGACCUAUCACAAUAUAAAUAUUUUUUCAAUAUUUAUUACUUAUAUUGCUGUCCAACCUGCUGUGUUCAGACUGACACGUGUUUGUUCAGUGACGUGUGUCUUCAGGUCAGAGUUCACCGGAAGCUGUUGGCUGCUGCCGGGAGACAGAACAAUACAAAAACCUUUAGAUUCAGAUGAUAGUUGCAUGUUGGCAUACGUCUUUAUGGACGAAGGAUUUGUUUUGUGUUCCGUUCGAUUGUAUCGAUGUAAGGAUGUCUGUAUCACCUUGUGACGAGCACUUAAAACUGACUUUAAACCCGGAAGUGGAGCAAAUCAGCAGGUGUUAGCUUAGCCGCUAACACCCUUUAUCGCUUCUAAAUCCCAUAUGAGGUGGCGAUUUUGUGUUUAAACGCUACUCUCGCGCUCAUUCUGCGCGUUAAAGUCACAGAUCGAGCCUGUCAUGCGUGUCAGCGUUGAGACGCGUCGGUUAUCGGGUGAGAUGUGAGAUCAGUGUAAUACACUGCUCCAGCUGUCAGAUACUCAUCACUUUCAUCUGAUCAAUGUGAUUCUCAUUAGGCUCCUCAGUUAUCUUCUCUGGGUCAUUCGGGAGCCUGCAGACAUGAGUGGUAAAUUUGGGCUUGGAAAUUACAGCUCGAGGAAGCACAUCUCUAUAUCUGUGCCCUCAUCCACAGAGGUCAUGUCACCUCAUAUCAAAUCAGUGGAGGAUCUCCGAGUGCUGGGCAUCAACCUGAACAGCUUCAACACACCAACACAGUUCUUCAUCUGUGUGGCCGGUGUCUUCCUCUUUUACCUCAUCUACGGCUACCUGCAGGAGCUGAUAUUCUCAGUGGAGGGAUUUAAGCCAUUUGGCUGGUAUCUGACAUUAGUGCAGUUCGGAUUUUACUCCUUAUUUGGUUUAGUGGAAUUGCAGCUUACUCAGGACAAAAGGAGAAGGAUACCAUGCAAAACCUACAUGAUCAUUGCAUUUUUAACAGUUGGGACCAUGGGCCUAUCCAACACUUCUUUGGGAUACUUGAACUACCCUACGCAAGUCAUAUUUAAGUGCUGCAAACUCAUUCCUGUCAUGAUCGGAGGAGUUUUUAUACAAGGGAAACGAUACAACGUCGCGGACGUGUCUGCUGCUCUGUGUAUGAGUCUUGGCCUGAUCUGGUUUACACUGGCAGACAGCAAGAUUGCCCCAAACUUCAACGUAACAGGGGUAAUUCUUAUAUCUCUGGCCCUAUGUGCGGAUGCAGCUAUUGGAAAUGUUCAAGAAAAAGCCAUGAAACUUCAUAAUGGAACCAAUUCAGAGAUGGUUUUAUAUUCCUAUUCCAUUGGUUUUGUGUAUAUUUUGGUGGGGCUGCUGUCUGUUGGGGGGCUUGGACCUGCUGUUUCCUUCUGCUCUCAGCAUCCUGUGACAACAUACGGUUACGCAUUCUUAUUUUCGCUGACGGGGUAUUUUGGCAUUUCAUUCGUCCUGGCUCUUAUAAAGCUGUUUGGAGCACUGGUUGCUGUCACAGUGACUACAGGAAGGAAAGCCAUGACUAUUGUGUUGUCAUUUUUGUUUUUUUCAAAACCUUUCACUUUCCAGUACAUCUGGGGUGGUCUUCUGGUGGUGUUUGGCAUCUUCCUUAAUGUUUACAGUAAAAACAAAGACAAAAUAAAGCUUCCCUCCUUAGCAGAACUCAGAAAACAACUUCUCAGCGGGAAGAAGGUGCGCCUGCUGUCUCAGGACGUGUAGGGAGAUGAACUUAAAAAUGUAAUUGAUGGGUUUCUCCUACGUCCUGCAUCAGCUGAUCCUCAGUUGUGGUUUGGAGUCCAAGAUAAGGGCAGAUGACCUGAGUCGAAUUGGCACGCAUGAAGUGCGGGGAUCUGUUUGAAUCAAAGGGACCAUAAACUAGAACCAAAAAGCAAAGAUUUGCACUGGACAAAGGUGGAGACUGAAGGUGGAAACAGUUUCAGUAGAAAAUUCCUUUUUUAACAGACCAUGUCCGAAUGAAUGUUGCCCUGAUGGGAGCCAGUGACAUUUUAAAUGAAUACAUUUCACCUGCAUGUGGCGUAAAAUAAUGGCAACAGUUGACGUACCAGUCAGGACUGUAUUUUUUGAGUUAACUGCAAUUGCACAGGUGAAAAGAACUCAAUGAUUCUGUCUGUUUAAAGGGCUGACAUUCAGAAAAGGAUCAACUUAUCAGCUGCCAUAUUCGCUAACCGUUUGUUUGGUGAAAGGGUGGCUGUUUUUACAUUAAAAACAAACUGGGAAGUUGA